AUGGAGAAACUAUCAGAAACAACGCCCAAUGGUACUUCGCCUCGAACUUUUGCCCUUAAUCAUUCGAGGCCACGAUCGAGUUUCAAGGGCUGCUCGCGCAUUUCCGACUAUGAGCUCCUAGGCAAGUUGGGAGAGGGAACCUUUGGGAUGGCGUAUGUGCCUGUACCACCCCACCGAGCGAGCCACACUGAUAAAGACAAGUUCCCUAUUACCGCCCUUCGCGAGAUCAAGCUACUCAAGCUUUUGUCACACAAGAACAUUCUCCGACUAGAGGAUAUGGCUAUUGAGCACCCUACCAGACAAACCGAUAAGCGCAAAAAGCCCAUUGUGUACAUGGCUACUCCCUACAUGGACCACGAUCUGUCCGGCCUCCUCGACAAUCCGUCAGUCCAGUUCAAGGAGCCCCAGAUCAAAUGCUACAUGUUGCAGCUCCUGGAGGGUCUUCGAUACCUACAUGACAGUCGCAUCUUGCACCGCGAUAUGAAGGCGGCCAAUUUGCUGAUCAACAACAAGGGUAUCCUGCAAAUCGCUGAUUUUGGCCUUGCCCGGCACUACGACGGAAGAACACCAGAGUCUGGAGUCCCCAUGGGCGAAGGUAAACGAGACUACACCGGCCUAGUUGUUACUCGAUGGUACCGACCUCCCGAGCUUUUGCUACAGCUGCGGCAAUACACCCCCGCUAUUGACGUAUGGGGAGUCGGCUGCGUUUUUGGCGAAAUGCUAUACGGAAAACCCAUCUUGGCGGGCGAGAGCGAUGCCGCCCAACUAGACAUCAUCUGGGAUCUCAUGGGCUCUCCCAACGAAGAGAACAUGCCCCGAUGGAAAUCACUGCCUGGUGCUGAUCAUUUGACUCCUCGGCCGCGAACAGGGAACCUUGAGACCCGCUUCAGACAAUACGGCUCAGGAGCUGUCUCAUUACUCAAAGAACUUCUCCGACUUGACUGGCGCACACGAAUCAAUGCAGUUGAUGCUUUGCAACACCCGUGGUUCAAGAUGCAGCCUCUGCCACUUGAACCUCAUGAGAUCCCCACCUACGAAGAGAGUCACGAACUAGACCGCAGAAAGUUCCACGACCGCAAGGCCGCUCUGCCUCCAGCCCCUAAGGGAGGAACUGUUGGCGUUGGCCCUGACGCGAACGGCGCUACAGCAGGCUUCAAUAGCAAUGAGCCUUAUGGAAAUGGCCGCAACGGUGUGAACGGGGGUAGGUAUCGCAACGGACCCGACGAUCGUCGCCCCGCUUGGCAACGAGAGCGAGGUGCUGGAUUGCCUCCACGACCACCCCCCAACAACGACGACGCGGACUUCCGAGAGCGAGGGCCUCCCCGCGCCAGAGGUCCCCCCGGACCAAGAGGACCAGAUGUCGACACUUAUAUCCCCGCAUAUAACCGCGAUGAUCCAGGCCGACGAAGGGACGAUCGCCCACCACCACCACGAGAUGACCGCCCACCCCCCAGAGACGACCGACGACGCCGUAACAGCAGAGAGGAUCGUCGCUUCGAUAGGGAUCGUGGCACUAUGAGCCGUAGCAGAUCACCAAGACACGACCGAUCAAGAGACCGAGACAGGCCCGACCACAACGGGUAUCGGAGAUAGAAUCAAUCGACAACGGUCACGACGGGAGAUGUUGACGGAUACAGACGACUCAAAGAUCUAGGCCAACGACAAGGACCUGGACCACAGCGGAGACCGCGAGCGCCAUACGGAGUUUCAUAGAGGAACAGGCAGUAUUCUAAUCACAUGUCGUUUCGGGCACAGCAGGAACACGGCGUAACGGAAUGAAACAAGGAGAGAGAACAUAUUUGACAAGGCCAGCCAUAUAUCUGGCGUUUACAUGAAGCGAGGCAUCAGAAAUGUACCCAAAGGGUCCGAACAUUCUAACCCUCUGAUUUUGAGAAACACGAGAUAUGAGAUUAUCCCUAGGCUAGGAAGCUCGUGGCUUUAUUUUGGUGUACCAU